CCGAACCACCCCUUUCAAGGAACUCCAACGUUUUCGGGACACCCUGUAUUUCAACGAUUAUCGUCCAUGACUUAUUUACGGAAAUUACAACGGCGAAACGUUCAAUUUCGUUCGAGUUCGUUACUCGAGUUGCAUGUCAAGUUUGAUUUAAUUUGGUUUAAGACCGUAUCAAAGCAUAGUGUUUAUUCUUUCGAUUGUGUUAUCUUCGUGUAUCGUAAUUUCGCCUACCCAAGCGCACCAUCAGCAAAAUAAACAGUAGAACGUUUCUAGAGGACGAGACAGAGUUCCAUACGUGAAACGUGGAAAAUCGUGGCCACAUCUAAAUUAAUUAUAUCAAUUGAAACGUCAUAAAUAUACAACAAUAUUUACAAAUUUCAUCAUUUAGUUGCAUUUAUUUUUCAUUUUACCGUAUACUUCGUUCUCGAUGACUGUUGCGAGUCGAAAUCUAUUUGUCGGAUCUAUUUGCUUCUUAUCGCGUUGCAUUUCUCUUUUCUUCUGUUUUUUUUUCUUUUUCGAAAAAGGAAAAACAAGAGCAGACGCGUUCAAUAUUAAAAGUACUUAAUCGAUAUCGUUGUUUGACUACCGUUCCAAGUGAUGGGGAUUCUAAUCCGCCAAUGAACGUUAGCAAAAACAGCAGGGAGCCCGGCUGUUUUCGAAAACAAUCGUUUCGUUAUCCGCACACUCUUGCAACCGUUCGCGAAACGUGAAAAUAACGACGGAGGGACGUGACCGAAAGAUACAACAUAGACUCUAUACCGCGUAGAGACAGACUUGGAGAAAUCGUGAGAAAAGCCUCUCUUCCGUUCCGUUCCGCGACCCCUUCUUUCUGUUUCGUUUUCUGCUUAACCCCUCGCACCGGAGGUGCCCCCACGACUUUGCGACGGCCCUGGACAUAACUUUUUAACGUUUCCAACGUCGCGCCUGCCCUCUGGUGCCUAAUUUUCAGCGAUGAAUGUUCACUAUUUACAGGUUUUGUGAAUAAAUCGUGUAUCGUGCGUAUAAGGACGAAUUCGUAGUCUUCGUCGCCCCCACUGAAGAUCGCAGGUUGUGAACAAAAAAAAAUGUCGUGGUAUCGGAAAAUCGUUUAGGAGAGGAAAACGGUCAGAUCAACUUGUACAGUGGUGGCCCCAUGGAAGGCACGUUGGAAGAACCCCCUGUUAAGGACUCAUCUGAGGCCAGUCCUGAUAAGGUUCUUAAAGAUGUUGUGAUACCGAACGGUGUCAAUGGAAAUUAUAAUGACAAAGAAGAAUUUGCGGAUGCGGAUAACGCAUCCAAUCUUGUGUCGGAUGAAAUUAACAGUGCGGCAGAAGGGGAGAGGGAGGAAAAUGGCGAGGAAGAUGACGAGGACGAACAUAGAAUGGAAGUUGAAAUCGAAGGAGAAGAUGUAGAAUCGGAAGACAGUGAGCAGGAUAGAAUAGAGUCAAGUGGGAAUAAAGAGGGUGAUAUGUCUGACUCCGAAACUGACUCUAAAACGUCUGAUUCACCCGAGGGUAUCAGUGAGAUGAACAAUUCUAGUGAAGUGUCUAAAACUGAUGAUAAGUGUAAAAACACGAGUUGUGAGGCUAUGGAAGUCGACGAACAGAGUAACAACUCCGACGUGGAAUGUCUCGAUGAGCACAUAACAGAAAUACAAUUCGAUAACGACGAUGUGUUCCCCUUGAAAAAUUCUACGCUAAAGGAUGACCAUAAUUUAUCAGGCAGUAGUGAUAUACAGAUACAACUUACCGACAGUAGCGAUAUUACCGAUAAUAUUUUGGAUUCGUCAGACGUGAAAAUUUGUGAGGAGAACGGAAGCUGCGAGAGUCCGGAUAUCGAAGAGAUAACGGACAGCGCAAAGAAUGGUCACAAUUCUUCAUCGGAACGCACCAAUAAAGAUCCCACGAAGCAAAAGAAGCCAAGGAAACAAGUAGACCUUAGUAGUAUUACGCCGAGAAGAAGUACUCGUAAUAUAAAGAGGACGAGUUAUAUAGAAAAAGAAGUAGAGGAAGAAGUAGAAGACGAUGGUUCUGACAUAGAAGAAAUUAAGCCUGAAGAUCCUUUGGCUGGUAUCGAUAGUAAAGAUAAAGAGAAUUCCAAACUCAAAUCACCGAUAAAAAAUAGUAAAACUACUAUCGUAGUUAACGAUACUAAACGCUUAGUAGAAAUUGCGGCAGGUAGUAAGUCUGUGAAAGGAGGGAAAAAAGAGCCCACCCUGGUUAUUAUAGAUACAAAUUCUAUUCUUUCUGGGCGUGGUGGUGUUCCUGUGAGUAACAACAAACCUCAUCAUAGUGUUUCUGGUUCUAGCUCUUUUUCAGUAGUUCCCAUGGGUAUGACAACGCAAACGAUGUAUCCUAAUAUGAGAACGACGAUUACCCCUGUACCCAUGACAUCAAAAACAGCACAGUUAAGUCCUAAAACCAGCAGUAUGACUACGGUGACACCUCCUGCACCUCCUAUAUUACCUACUCUAACCGACGAUAUGUUCGUCGUGGAGGCACCAUCUUUUAUAGUACCGUACGUGUACGAAAAACCGCCUCUGAAACCAUUAAAAGACUUUGUCUCAAAAUUGGAGCAAUGUUUAAAGGAGAAAGAGAAGGAAGAGCAGGAAGAAAGAAGCAAGCAGAAUCUAGAAGAGAACAAAGGAGAAGAAUGUAACGAUGACUCGUCAGAUUCGAGUCAAAAAAAUAAAGAUAAAAACGAAGAGAGCGAAGGCGAAGGAAGUUCUAAGGUAAAAAAGGACGGAGAAGAUAAAGGAGGCGACAGUUCGGUAGAUUUAAUCGAGCCUGGACUUAGUAACGUAAGUGACAAACCCGACGUCAGGCAGGACGAUAGGAAUAAAGUAAUGACUUACUUCGAUUUACCGCUGGGAAAAUUUUUCAUGCAAAUUGGAGUGAACCUUGUUCAAGAAUACGUGCAAACUGAUCUUUUACGGACUCAAAAACGUAAACAAGGCAAGGGCAGCACGUCCGCUGAAACUCAAUUAGCUAUAAAUUCACUCAUCAAGAACUUAGAAUUUAGUAAAGAAAAUAAUGAACCAUUCCACUUAGAACUGAAGAAAUGUGAAUUCUGUAAUUUUAAAACAGAAUCGACCUUAGUCAUGCAGCAUCAUUUAGAAACUCCACAUAUGCGCAACUAUGUCUAUAAAUGUAACUUCUGUCCGAUCGAAGUGCGUAGUCCUCACGAUAUCUUAUUUCAUAUGGAAGCAGAACACAAUACUCGCGGGAGGUUGGAGCGCGGUCCAGCUUUUCAUCAAUGUCCGAAUUGUCCGUUCGAAGAUAACCAAAAAGGGAAACUUACUCGGCAUAUACUUGCUUGCACCAAGAAAUUCAGACCGGAAAAGAAUUUGGAGCCAGCCGCUGAUUGGGAACCCCCGGCGAAGAUUCCGAGACUAAAUCGAGCAAGACCCGGACCAACUAAUCCCAACGCCCUUGCCAUGGCAAUGAGUGGUAAAGGACCACAACCGCUUUUACCAAAAUUACUUCCUGCUCCUAUCACCGGUCGUGGAAGAGGACGGCCACCUAUGCAACCAAGGUACUCGGAAUUGAAAACGUUGCGACCGGGUGGUACGACAAUGCGGCAAGAUAAUGUUGCAGGAAUGAUGUAUCGUCCAACAUCUUCUGGUUUAUUGGUCCCUACUUCGUACCAGUUCGGUAGUAACCAAAUAUUUCAGGUGGUGGGUGGCUCUGGGACUGUCAUGUCGGCUGUCUCGGGAGUGAGUAGCAGUAGCGGCGGCAGUUCCGGUCAACCCACACCCAUUGCACUUGUACCCAACGUAAUCGACUCUCUCUCUAGGUUGUCCUCGUCACAGAAUACAACAACCAGUCCAAAAAAUCCCACAGCGAAGCUGUUGAGUCAACCAAGUAUAUCUAUAACUCCGCUACCGCGUACGACGUCACAAACCUCUGUUCCUGGUUCUGGAACUUCAUCAAAAGCAGGGGGGAAAACUACAUUUGUUAUAUGCGAGAUCUGCGACGGUUAUAUUAAGGAUCUAGAACAACUACGUAAUCACAUGCAGUGGAUCCACAAAGUAAAAAUACAUCCAAAGAUGAUCUACAAUAGACCUCCAUUGAACUGCCAAAAAUGUCAGUUUCGGUUUUUCACAGAUCAGGGUCUCGAAAGACACUUACUUGGGUCCCAUGGACUGGUCACAUCUAGUAUGCAAGAAGCAGCAAAUAAAGGAAAGGAUGCAGGUCGCUGUCCCGCUUGUGGCAGGGUGUAUCAAUGGAAAUUACUAAAUCAUGUCGCGCGAGAUCACGGAAUGACACUAAAACCUGCGCAUCUAUCUUAUAAGUGUACAGUUUGCACUGCCACGUUUGGAAUGUAUAAGCAGUUUGAGAAUCACGUUUACUCGGCACACAGUGUCGUAGCCAAACGAGUAAUGGAUAAGAAGAACACACCUUCAUCUCCAUCGUCCAGAUCCAAUGACUCCCUUCUGAAACCGUUGAAGAUCAAUGAUGAAAUUACGAUUAUUCCACAACCAGCAAAACCUACAACCAGGUCGGGUGCAUCUCAAGGCAGAGGAAAAUAGCAAUGAUCAGCAGAGUGAUACAUGUGUCUUGUCUUACUGAAUUUUACGUAAAUUUGUGGUACUCCAUACUGGUCAUUGUAGUACACAGUGACUUGACGUGCCGUGUACAUGUGUAUGCAUAUUAUGCUUAAGACGCAAUUACAAACACAUAAACUUACAACUCUUGGCAAAAAAAAACUAGUUGAUUGCGUAAUAAUAUUCCAUCAAUGAUUAUACCAAUAUAUUUAUUUAAGAAUUUUUAUUGUUGUUAUCGGACAUACAUAAAAUAGACUGUAAAAAUAUUAAAGGGUGGCCUUCAGUCUAAUUCCUUGGUUAAUCCUAGAGCUGCAUACUCCUGACCUACACGCCUAUGAAAACCUAUAAAUAUUAAGUGUAUUUACAUUUUAUGCAACACUCGCAGGUCAUAUUGCGAAAUCACUCUUACAUAGCAAAUUCACUAUAAUAUAAAUUCUUUUUCUAAGACAAAUAUAUUUGAAUUAAUUCUAUUUUGUUAAUAACGCUAAUACGAUUGCGUAGGGCAACGAACGAUGUAUUGCCCUUACUCUACAUAUUCGAUACGUUUACGCAUCACGUUACAAAACAAUUUCUGAACGAUAUACGAAGUAACAAAUUGUACUAAUUAACCAGAGUGCCCUAGACUGUCCCGAGAUAUCUUUUGGUAUUGUAACAUGUAUCGAUAGUUUCGUCUCAAAGUUUUUCUAUCAUGUGUACACUUCUCUCUUUUUUUCCUUUCUUUUUUUUUUUUAAUUUCGCCAUCGUAUUUUUAAGCGACGAAUGUGGGAACGUAUAAUUCGCUGCUUAAUUUGUAAACGUUUCGUAAAGUUGCGUGUAUGAAAUAAGUUGUAACGUCAGAGACCUUUAAAGUUGUAAAUUGUAUCUAUUGCUAUAAGUUGAAAUCUUCGAUCACAAGUAUUGUAAUAAAACGUUCAGUUUUAUUUUUGCGCUUUUAUAAGAACAAAAAUGUACAUUAACAUAGAGUAUAAUAUAAAGGAUUAUAUCAAUAAAAUAGGAUGGCACACAUAAUGUGUAUACAUUUUUUCUGUUAAAAAAAAAAAGAGAAAAAAAAAGAAACGGUAAAAUCUGUCAUGGAGCAUUGAACUUAUUAGCACACAUCGCGACGUAUAUUCAUAUUUCUGUAUGUAUAUAUAUAAUAUACAGAAAAAAAUAUUAUAUAUAUAAAUACGCAAAAUUAUUCUAGUAUAGCGAUAGCGUGAUAUAAGAAGAGAUAUUUAAUUAUCUUCUUGUAUGCACUCUGGAUUGAUAAUAGGCUUAUAUUGAUAUGUAGAUAGUUGAAAAAAGUAACAAGUUUAAUUUAAUAAUUUCGAUUCUUUCUUGAUAAGUUUUGUACGUUAUUGUAGAACAUAAUUUUAGACGAAAAAAUGCAUUAAACGAAGGAAAUCACAUGGUGCGUUUUUGCACUAUACGGCUGUAUUAUUUCAUUCUACCCACUUGCCGCCGUCAUGGCAAGUCAUGUUGGUAAAACAGAGAAACAUUCAUAAACGUAAUUACAGAAAUAUAUAGUUUACUGUAAUAAUUUGUACAAUAUUAUAUGAUUAUUAAAAUAAAGUGUACCAACAUUGUA